AUGAGAACUAAAAGUCAUAAUAAGGCAAAAUCUUUACACACAGUCCAGGAGGUCUCCAAUACCAAGACAUUCUUUAUCAGUAGAAUCACCCAAAGAUCCUUUAUGAAGAGUAUCGUUCCCCCGCUGUCUCUUCCUUAAGUUCCUCAGAUUUAGGUUCCAGCUCCUCUUACUGGAAGAGUUGUAGCCAGAAAGGUGAUUAAGGCAACUUAAUUAAAAACUUAAGAGAGUGUUCCCGAGAGUGAGAUAAAACAAUAGCAGUCAAUUUUCAAAUUAGUUGCAUCUGCUGAAUUUAAAAAUAUCAUUACAGAAGAGAAGUCCAAGAAGGAGGAUGAUAAAAAUUUUACUUUGGAUGGUCCUCUGGAGUUCAAAAAAGAUUGGAGGAGGAAAAUCUUUACAGGUAAUCCUAAUUUGGAAAACUCUUAUAGUUAAGUGGAUGACAAUCUGAACAUCCAAAUGUUUCUGAAAAAGAUCAGAUAAAUUAUUACUACUAGUCAUAUCCAGCACAAUGACUUCCAUACGAACGAGAAUAGUUUUUUGUCAGAUAAAUUCAAGACUCAGAUGACUAGUCCUAGGUUUACAUUUACUAACCAUCUUUCUACAAUAUAGUUUCAGAAUUAGCCAACCUAGUUGUAGAAAGCAGGAACCAUAGUAUCUCAAGUCUUAGAGGCUAUAGAAGAGAAAAAAGCUGAAAUUCAACCAUUACCAUAAAAUAAUCGUCGAAAAUUAACUAUAUCAGUCUGUAGUCCAGAAAACCAAGUUGGAGUGUUCUCCUUUAGUAUCCCAGAUUAUGGAUAACGAUUGCAAGAACAAGAGGAAAUCUAAGAAUACACAGACAAACCCAAACAUGUAUUGAAACAAGCUUUACAAUUUAUCACCUCGUAACCUAAGAAAAUGACAACCAAGUUUUCAAAAUCUAUUCUUAAGAUUGUAGGAAUAACCGAAGAAGAGAAUUAACAAGAAGAUGUCCAUUAAUUUUACAAUAUAUAAAAAACUAGAAGGUUCAUGAAGAUGUACUUGCAAAAUAAGAUGUCUCGCACAUUCACUUUAUUGGAGGGAGAAUAUCCUAUUGCAUUUGCAAUUGAUACAAGAGAAGAAAGGUUCCAUUUCCUUUUCCAAACCCUAUGA